AUAUAUAAAUAUUUUGGUUUACGCAGAAGACAUGUAUACAUUCAAGAAACAUGCGUGGCAUGGCCAGGAUUCCGCUCGAAGCUGGGCAGUGCUGGCACUUGCGUUCUGGGUGGAGUUCAUAUCAACGAUGGCCAUCCGGUCUUCGGGAGUCUUCUGCGUAGCAAUACUGGACUACUUUCACGUCACCCGCGAAGUUGCUUCGGUGCCUGUGACACUUAGCAUGUCGGCAAGAUUCCUGGGAGCGAUCUUGCUGGGCCCUAUGUGCGAGCUGUGGUCCUGUCAGCGAGUCUUGCUGGUUUGCACCUCUGUUGCCAGUUUCGGCAUCGGGAUCUGCUACUUCGCCCCCAACGUGGCCUUCAUCUCCUGUUUUCUGGGUGUUCUGCACGGAUGUGCUCUGUCCGGUCUUUCCGUCGGCCUUCAAGUGCUGGUCUGCCAGCACUUCAAGAAAUGGCGAAUUACGGCCUGUUCUUUCAUCUCCGCUCCGCAGUGUCUCAAUGUAUUCUUCGCACCUCAGUUGGCUAGUUUCUUUUUAGCCCAAUACGGUACCCCGGCAUUGUUCCUUCUCCUCGGAGCCAUGUCACUCAAUGCAGUUCCCGCCGUGCUUGCAGGGGGAAGCCCUAGCCUGUUCACUGGCAAAUCUAAACAUGUAGUUGAUCGUAAGUGUCAAGUAGUUCCUGAGGAACAGGGAUUGUAUUCUAGUGACAACGAGGAUUCCGGUGGUCGAAGCGAUGCCCAAGCAGAAGAAGAAACGUUACUCACUUGUCGUAGAACAACUACGACACAGAGCACCACGCAGCCCACCAUAGCUCCCUCGUCAGAAGAAUUAGGUGGAGGCAGACCAUUUGGCCGAAAUAAUUUCAAACGUCUACUCAAGGAUUCUCUGAAAGCAUUUACAUCCCUGAUAUUUCUAGUGGACGUUCUAUCGUUCGUGAUUCACGUGUACACCAUGACAACCUUCUUCAUGGUGCACGUCGACCUGCCCCAAGAUAGAGGCAUUGAUCCGAGCAAUGCCACCUACCUUGUUUACUUUUACUCAAUAUCCGAGAUGGUCAUGAGAAUGCUGGGCGGUUUUAUCGUUGACCGCGGUUACAUUUCGCUCCCUCUUAGCAUGUUGUUGAGUUUUCUUGGAGGCAGCAUCGCCUGCGAAGGUAUUGCUUGGUCCACCUCUAUGGUGUCCCUUGGAAUUUCAUCACUACUACUGGGCCUUAGUGAAGGAAUGGUGAUGGGAAUGAUGGCUCCCGUGAUGAUAAGAGAUUUUAAGGAUCAAUCCCUCGCCAUCAUGCUGGGAGGUUUGCGCUUCGUCAUAGGCGUCGUCCUGCUGACAAAGCCUCCGCUUGUAGGUUACUUCAGAGACCAGAUCGGAAGCUACAACGGCCUUGCGCAUGUUCUUGCAGCGGCAAAUGCAUUGGGGGCCCUGGUGUGGUUCGUCAGAGUGCUUUACCUUCGCUAUCUUUGUGAACCGAAAAAUAACUCAAGUCCGGAUGUGUCGUCGCGAACUUCACGUAUGAGAGACUUUCCACCUAGAUUAGAAGAGAUGGGAAACAUGAACGUCGUACCACUGUGCAGCCCAUACGCAGAGACUUGGCUUGGCUUUCAAAACGUGUACGCUUGAAAAGUCUGUCAUUUGUUAAAAUAUUUCUUACCUGACGGCACGUUAUUCUAUGACUACGUGAAAAAGCAGGACAUUUGGUGAAUAAAGGGUUGGAACAUA